CUGGACUUGUGUGAGUGCGAGUGCCUGAUAUCAAGGCGGUCGUCGAGAUAAGAGAUAAUAUGCCCACACCUCGUCGCGGUGCUCUAUUAUGUUAGUGAUAAAGAGCGUACAAGACUGAUCGCGUAACUGUACAAUCGUUUGAUAUAUAGGCUGUAAUUUUUUUUCCGCUCAGUGCACAUCUUUUCGGCCGUAAGCUCCUUGUUUGUUUAACAUUAUCGUGCACAAUGUGGCCUUAUUACGACGCCGAGGAUUGGAGCGUCUUGCCGCCGGAACUCAACAGGAGGUUUAACCCAGCCUUUAACAUGGCCUCCAUAAAGCAGGCUUUCAAUGAGGCUGUGGAGAGAGUCUCGACAGUUAGGAUGCCUGCGCCGACGCGGCUGAGGGAUCUGAUUAGACAAAUUCGGGCCGCGCGAACGGCGGCGGAAGAGAGGACGGUCGUGAACAAGGAAUGUGCGUACAUUCGCUCGACGUUUAGGGAAGAGGACAGCGCGUGGAGAUGUCGUAACAUCGCCAAGUUACUGUACAUUCACAUGCUGGGGUACCCGGCGCAUUUUGGUCAAUUGGAAUGUUUGAAGCUCAUCGCGUCGCCCAGAUUCACGGACAAGCGAAUCGGUUACUUGGGGGCCAUGCUGCUGCUGGACGAGCGACAGGACGUACAUCUCCUGAUCACGAAUUGUCUGAAAAACGAUCUGAACAGCACUACGCAGUUCGUCAUUGGCCUGGCGCUGUGUACCCUCGGUGCGAUCGCGUCCCCGGAAAUGGCAAGGGAUUUGGCGUCCGAGGUGGAAAGAUUGAUGAAGUCGCCGAACGCGUACAUCCGGAAGAAAGCGGCGCUCUGCGCCUUUCGGAUCAUCAGGCGCGUGCCGGAGCUCAUGGAGAUGUUUCUGCCGGCCACCCGCAGUCUCAUCACCGAGAAGAAUCACGGGGUCCUCAUCACCGGCGUCACCCUUAUCACGGAGAUGUGCGAGAACAGCGUCGACACGCUGAAUCACUUCAAGAAGAUUGUGCCAAACCUCGUAAGAAUCUUGAAGAACCUGAUCCUGGCCGGAUACUCGCCCGAGCACGACGUGUCCGGAGUGUCGGAUCCGUUUCUUCAGGUCAAGAUACUGCGUCUACUGCGUAUUCUGGGCCGCAACGACGUCGAUGCGUCCGAAGCCAUGAACGACAUUCUUGCUCAAGUCGCCACUAACACGGAAACCAGCAAAAACGUCGGUAACACGAUACUCUACGAGACGGUUCUAUCGAUCAUGGACAUCAAGUCGGAGAGCGGGCUUCGAGUCUUGGCGGUCAACAUACUCGGCAGAUUUUUAUUGAAUAACGACAAGAAUAUCAGAUACGUGGCCUUAAACACGUUAUUGAAGACGGUUUAUGUGGACACGAGCGCGGUGCAGAGGCAUCGAUCGACGAUUCUAGAAUGCCUGAAGGACCCAGACGUAUCGAUCAGAAGGCGCGCGAUGGAACUGAGCUUCGCGCUCGUCAAUACCAACAAUAUCAGAAACAUGAUGAAGGAGUUGCUCUUGUUCUUGGAACGUGCCGACCCAGAAUUCAAGGCUCAAUGCAGCAGCAAUAUCGUCAUGUCCGCGGAGAGAUUCGCCCCGAACAAACGCUGGCAUCUCGAAACGCUCUUCAAAGUGCUCGUCGCGGCUGGUAAUUACGUACGAGACGACGUGGUAGCGUGUACAAUACAAUUGAUUUCGGAGACACAGUCACAGCAAGGCUAUGCCGUUAGCGCCUUGUGGCGCGCGUUAGAAAAGGAUACAUCCGACAAGCAGCCCUUGGCGCAAGUUGCCACGUGGUGCAUUGGCGAGUACGGCGAUCUGUUGUUGUACAGUCCACCGUUGGAAGAUGCCGAGACUCCAGUCAACUUGACAGAGGACGAAGUCAUCGAUGUGUAUCAGAGGCUACUCUGGAACCCGCAGAACACUGUGGUUACGAAACAGUACACCUUAUUGUCUCUCACGAAAUUGAGCACGAGGUUCCAGAAAGGUCACGAGUUAGUAUCGCUUUCAAUCAUCCGUAUGAUAUCUAUAGAGGAGAGACCAUAUCGAAAUAUAAUCGCAAUAAUAUUUUGUUAUUGCAGGAAAAUUCGUCAGAUCAUAGAUACGUUUGGUAGCAAUUUGCAUAUCGAGUUACAGCAGAGAGGUAUCGAGUUCUCGCAGUUGUUCCGAAAGUAUGAUCACCUGCGACCCGCGCUGCUUGAGAGAAUGCCGCCGAUGGAAACCGCGCGACCGCAGGCCAACGGUAUCAUUGGCAUGGUGAAUGGCGAGCCGGAACCGGAAGACGACAAGUCCACGAUUCUGGAAUCAACCACGUCUACAUCCGAUUCAAGUGCACUUUUAGAUUUACUUGGAACUACGGAUGUAGGUGUGACGAUGCCGGCGGCGACGACCAACAAAAAUUCCUCGCCGAGCUCGACCGCGGCAGCGCACAACAAUGACUUGUUGGAUUUGCUCGGAAGUCUGGAUUUGAAUGCGCCCACGCCUGUCGCUCCCACGCUGCCACUUCAACCACAGGCGUCAUCCACACCGAUGUUCAGUCCCACCAACAAUAGUAACUUCUUAGUAGAUGGAUUGCUCAAUGCUCCGUCGGUGCAAAACGAACUACCGAGCAUGGUGGUCUUGGACAAAUCAGGACUCAAAAUAACGUUCAAAUUCGAAAGACCGCCCGAUAUUCCCGAUCUGUUAGUCAUAAAUAUGUUGGCUCAAAACUCCGGAAGCACCACUUUAACCGAUUUUCUGUUUCAAUCAGCAGUUCCUAGGACAUUCCAACUACAAAUGCUAUCGCCGUCGAGUACUGUCAUUCCGCCAUCUGGUCAAGUAACUCAAGUAUUGAGAGUCACAAAUAUGAAUAGAGCAUCGUUAAGGAUGAGACUGCGUAUAUCGUAUACGGGUCCAACUGGGCCAGUUCUGGAACAGACGGAAGUCAAUAACUUUCCCGUUUCGACGUCGCAGUGACAAGAUGUAAUACAAAAUACAUUUGUACAUACGCCUGCCUAAAAGUAAUUAAUCGAAAGUGGACUAGGACGAGGAUGGAAAAGCGCAGUUUUGUCUCUUCAGGAACAGUGAAACAACUUGGCAAAUGGAUAUAUCUAACACAACAAACACACACACACGCACACACACAUCCGCGCGCGUUUAUAUUGAUUAAGUAAUUGAAAUCCUUGUAUGCGCGGCACCGACUAGGCAUGACCUAAACGUUAUAAGAAAGACUGGGUAUGUCAAAAAGUAUGAGAUAAUUUCGCGUGCGAUCUGUUCGCUAUACUCUGAAAACUCAUUCGCAAUGAAAAAUGAAGUAUUAAUUCUCUUCCGCGCGUAUGUUUAAGGCUGUCGCGAGUAAUGUGAUAUUAACGUCGCGGUCUUUCAAAAAUUACGUUUUGUAUCAUUUACUGUCGUCUAUCGUUCUCGCGUAGCUUGAUUACGAUGAGAGUGCAAGUGCUUCGUUCUCGUAACGUGCCACACGCGUGUGGAAAACGAAGGAAGAGAGAAGAGAGAUGUAAAUAUUUUUUCUAACCGAAACACGCGGAGGAAAUCAGGGAGAUAUCGUACUCCGAUCGGAUUGCAUUCCCGCUGUUUUACGACUACUAAUUUAGCGCGUAAUUUUUCCUCGCGUAAGCUAAAUGAGAAAUGGAAAAGAGGCGUAGGGAAGGACGAGACAACAGAAACACAUCACACGCAACUCGAGAACAAUAGAACGUGAGAAAGCCCGGAAGGAUCGGAGGGAGGUUCCGUCACCGAAAGUGCUCUGUCGCUGCCCCAAAAAGUUAUCUAUGAGAAGACACUUAACUCUCGCUGUAACAAAAAAAAAUCGAUCUUUUCUACCGCUGUAUUUGUAAGAUAUCGCGGACGACUCGCGAAUGAUCGUCUUGUAAAUAUUAGAUAAUCACAGUGUGACGUACAGAGGCGUGGAAAUCCUUAUGCGAUAGAAGAAAUUUGAAGCAAAAAGGAACACACGCGAGAUGUGGGACUCUUUACAUGUGUAUAUGAUAGAACUGUUGAUUCAAUAACGCGAAUACGAUAAUAUCUACGUUUCCGUCUUCAAGAGAGAGAGAUAUAUCAUUUUUUGGGGGAAAGAUGUACACGGACACAACACACAUACCCUCAUACACAACGCCUACGGUGCAUGAGUGUGUUACAUGCAUAGCGCGAGUACACACACACAGUUUCGAAUUCGUAUUCAGAAUACAGAGUAACAUUGGAGGGCUGAAUUCUGAUUGUCAUGUUAUAUCUGUAGCGCGUAUGUGUGCAUGUUGAAUCUUGCAUUGUGCGAGAAAUAUCGGGGUUCCGUAAGCGGUCCAAUAAAAUCUCUUUGUCGCGCCCGAAUGAUUGAUUCGCGCCUGACGUCAGUGAUGUUUCGCUAUACUGUAUAAUUUUGUCGAAUUGACUUUAACGCGAGAAUUACGAUGUAAAGCAGGAUCGGCAACUUCGCUUAUCAUGCGGCUGCGAAAUUGUUUAAAAAGAUAUAAAAAAAAGCGAGACAGUGUUUCGAUUUUGUAUCUGCGAACUGUGAUCAUCUGGUUCGUUUUUACCAAGUCGCAACAUACAACAGAAUAAUUGCAUAUAUAUGUCGACAAUAGCCUACCUUUUAAGUUGCAGUAAACACUAACGUAAAAUUAACAGCGAAGUAACGAUGUAUUUACUAUCUAACUUCGGGAUUCUAAUUUUACUUUCUAUUUACCAUUUGAUUUGAAUUAUUUACAGUCUCAGAGAUAUCACUUGUGUGUAUAUAUAUAUGUCUAAUAGUGAAGGAAGAAAACUCGCUCAUUUAACAUAAUGUUCGUACAAUUUUAUACUUACUUUGUCGAAGUUUCACAUCUGCCGGUGACGAGCGACAAACGUAAGCCCUAUAAUAGGUACAAGUUAGGAAAAAAUGAUACGCUGAGAACAAUAGAAUGCUAGCGAAACCAGGUUUCCAGACAUCUAUUUUCUCUCUGGACUGUUUCUAUGAAUUAAGGUGUAAAACACGCUGAUGUACUUAAUUAUUUAAUUCGCUCCGAUGUAACGUUAUGCGACGUGGAUGUAGAUGUAUGUACAUACCAUAAGGAUUCAUCUCAAGAGCGCCGUUCCGACACGUUUCUUCGAGUCGUACCGUUUCCUUCUCUGAUUUCUAACCGGGAUAUCUUACGUAUAACUUCUCGAUUAGGUUUACAAUUGAUUCAGUAUAUAACUAUGCAUUUUAGCUCCGUCCCUUAUAUGUUACGCGAGAUACGAGGGCGCGCACGCGCGCGAGGUAUAGGAAUAUAUAAAAUAGAACAGGUGGGUGUGCGUUUCUCUGAGUGGCCUUGUCCUUAAAGUCUCUGACACAGCGCGUCAGCCCUUCAAUGGGGGGUAUUGCUCUGCCUACUUGUUCUGAAUAUUACAUAUUAGUUUUAUAAACAUACCUAUAAAUAUAUAAAUACAUACAUGAGGAUAUUGAUUAACGAUAAAAAUGCUGUAUAUAUAUACUUUCUAGCGAAUCAAGGUGUGAAAAUAAAAUGUAUUUUUAUUCCACUAGCCUUUUCAAAUCGGACAUUCGUAUAGUCGUGAAGAAACCGAACACUAGUUUAUUCUUCUCCAUCUUAAACGAUGACGAGCCAAGAAAUUCUAAUCGCAUGUGUUGAACUGUUAAAGUAAUCGCUCCAUCGAUUUCGACUUUAAACGGAGGAUACAUGUCUUUAUUACAAAUACACAUUUCAUAGCAGAUUUAUCACACACA